AUAGUUUCUUGGAGGUUUCUUCAUUCGCGUCUCUUGCGAUAGCGGUGGGCGUAGCUUGAGCAUCCCUCUGCAUCGUGUCUGCAUUGUGUCGAGGCAGGUGAUCAUUGGUUUCACAAUCGGUUCUGGACAGUGAUGGGCGUACCCGGAGCACUCCCACACCGUCCACUCCGGUGGCCGCCGCCCGGUGGUCGCUGAUUUCACAAUCAGCUCCAGCCAUCCCCCAACAUCCUUAGCCUGUGUCUGCAAAAGAAGCUAAAAAAAGCUCCCUAUAUGGUGAUUAAUCAUACUUGUGAUCUUGCGUUUUGCAUAUGUCUAUAGCCUUGCAAUAUGCCUAUAGCCCUGCAGUUUGUAGCAGUUGCUUCCUGUUUCCCAACUUCACAAAUGCUUCCCCUAUCUCCUAACAAGCAAUCUGGUCCCUUAUACUUUAAUUUUAUAUUUCCCCCUUUAAUAUUCUAAUUCUUUUGAUGAACAAACAAGUUACCACAGUUUAUCACACAUCCACAACACCCAAAUCUCAAAAGGCCCUGAUGUCCUUGUGAGGGAGCGGGGGACAGGUUCUUUCAGUCUGGCUUGGCUAGGGAGAGUUGUGUGGCUGCUCCCUGCCUAUUGCACUUCCAGGGCUGGGCCUUGUUUCCCUUCUAAAGCCACAGCAUGAUGCUUUCCACCCUCCUUGCCAUAUUAUGGAGUCUUGUCUUUCAGUUGUCUUCUGUCUCAAAUGAGGACAACUGUACAAGGAGAAAUGGGAUAAAGAAAGGGAAACAAGAACAAGAAGGAAGACGGAGCAGGAUAAAGGAAGAUAUGGGGAAAGAAAGCAUGUCUGCCAGAAAGAGGAGGGAGCCACUGGGGCUCCUCAACUAGUGGCUAAAAGCUCAGUAUAAAUUUGGAACUGUAUUCACACCGGUGUGUGAAGCUGUGAGUCGGGCAUAUUCCUCCAUGCAGUGGUCAAGGCAGCUCUCAGGGGGUUGGUUCAGUGGGGCAGGGCUCACCUCUCCAAAGUCUGUCUGAGCUGACAGACUUGGGAGCAGAAAUCUACUUGUUCAUCCACUGUUUCUGUGGGCCCAGCAAACUCUGGAGAAGCAACAAAACUAGCGAAGAAAAGAGACAUUUCCUCCUGGCUGGCAGAGGUUACCUCGCAUGUAUUGGUCUUGAAGGAAAAGGCAGUGUCCCUUUCUUGGCUCUUUUAUGGUUAAGGAAAACAGCUGGACAGAGCUUGUGAUCGACAACAUCAGCAAAAUGGACUGGGCAGCUGGAGGUGAGGAAUAGACUUCUCUGGAGCACCCUGUCUAUGUCUGAUGACCUCUCCCCAUUCUUCCCUUGGCUGCUUUGCUGUUAAGGCUAGACGUGUCCCGUACAGUGAGGGCGGAAGGCAGGAGGAAGGAACAGGUCUCUGAGAGCUUGAUUUGCUCUUGCUUAACUUAUCCAAAGAUGUCUUACAACACUUCUCUCAGCCCAAGUCCUAGAGAGGAUCCCAAGGGUGGCAGCUUCUUGGAGGAAAGCAGUGGUGAGGGUGAUGACAGCAAUGUCUUGGUAGGGGACAGCCUGGUCACAGGGCCACUGGGUGCAGUGCUGCUGGUCAUGUGCCUCACUGGGAUGGUGGGGAACAUCUACACAGUCGCAGUGGCCUCUGGCAGGGUGGCAGGCUGCUCAGCAGGCUCCCUGGGGGUCUACAUGAUCAACCUUGCCCUGGCUGACCUCCUGUACCUUUCCACCAUCCCCUUUGUGGUUUGCACCUACUUCGCCCACAACUGGUUCUUGGGAGAUGUGGGUUGCAGGCUUUCACUCAGCCUGGACCUCCUCACCAUGCACACCAGCAUCUUCCUCCUGACUGCCAUGAGCCUGGAGAGGUACUGGGCGGUGGCCAAGCCUCUGUGGGCCAGGCGGGCCAGCAAUGCCUACCGCAAACUGGCCAGCGCCGUCCUCUGGCUCCUCUCGCUCCUGCUCACGGCCCCCAUGAUGGUGAUGACUGAGCUGCGGGAGGGGAACGGCCCCUGCAAGCGCAUCUGCAUCCCCACCUGGACGCCAUCAGCUUUCUGGCUCUACCUGACGGUGCUGUUCACCACCAGCGUCCUGGCACCUGGCGCCGUGCUGGGCAUCGUGUACACCCGCCUGGCCCAGGCGUACCAGUCCUCGGCCUGGGGCCCGGGGCUGCUGGUGGCCGGCCGGGCCCCUGCCCAGCGGCUCAUCUCCAGGAUCUCUGCCAUCGUGGUGGCCUACUGGGCCUGCUUCCUCCCCUUCUGGGCCUGGCAGCUGGCCGGGCUGUACCAGGGAGAGGGGCUGGGCAUCGGCCCCACUGCCCAGGCCUACCUUAACUUCGGUGUCACCUGCCUGGCCUAUGGCAACAGCUGUGUCAACCCCUUCCUCUACACCCUGCUUGCCAGCAGCUACUGCUGCCGGCGCCAUGGCCACACUGGGACGGGCGUGGCACGGCCUGCUGCACCCUCUCAGCAGGCUGUGGGAAGCCACAGCAUCCCCCGGCUUUCAGGGAGUCGUGGGGGUCUGUGAGGGAAAGCGAAGGGUGAGCAGGCUGGGAACAUCUGACCUUUGGUUGGGGUCAUGUUGAGAAAUAAAAGUGUGUCACCUUCCAUGCAA